GCCUUUCUUCACCUCGGAUCUGCAGGCUCAUACCGGCCACCCCCUGCAUCCACCCGCCCGCUGUGGCAUCGCCCAGGUCUCUCGGACGGGAAGGGGGUCACUUCAGGGGAACUGGGCCUCGGCCCGGGAAGUUGGGGCGCGCUCUGCAUCCCGGCGGCUGGGGACGCCGCCAGCUCCCAGCCCCGCCCGAAGCGGUCUUCCCGCACGGACCCCGGGCGACUGUUCUCCGUUUCUGGGAACAGGCUCCGAUCUGAUCGGGGCGUCCGCUGGCUGGCUGCUCCCUGCUCCCCUCCGCACCCCACUCUCCAACCCUCCCCCUGGGCCAGCCCGGAGCCGCCCCUCCACGGGGAGCUGCGCACUUGGCGGCACUUGGACCCCUCGGCAGCCAGCAGGUGCCGCGCUCCCGCCCAGCCCAGCCCCGUCCCCGUGGCCACCCCUGCGCCCUGCUCUCUCCGUGUUUCUGGGGGUUCCCGUGUUACCCCUGCUCCCCGGGCGGAAGCACCAGUCCCAGCUUCUUGGAAGGCGAGAAGGGAGAAGCCAGAUCUAGUCAACUUUGACCACUUUGAAAUUCUGCGAGCCAUUGGGAAAGGCAGUUUUGGGAAGGUCUGCAUCGUUCGGAAGAACGAUACCAAGAAGAUGUAUGCAAUGAAGUACAUGAACAAACAGAAGUGUGUCGAGCGCAACGAAGUGAGAAAUGUCUUCAAGGAACUGCAGAUCAUGCAGGGUCUGGAGCACCCUUUCCUGGUUAAUUUGUGGUACUCCUUCCAAGAUGAGGAAGACAUGUUCAUGGUGGUGGACCUCCUGCUGGGCGGGGACCUACGGUAUCACCUACAGCAGAACGUCCGUUUCCAGGAAGACACUGUGAAGCUCUUCAUCUGUGAGCUGGCCAUGGCCCUGGACUACCUGCAGAGCCAGCGCAUCAUUCACAGGGAUAUGAAGCCUGACAAUAUUUUGCUUGAUGAACAUGGGCACGUGCACAUCACGGACUUCAACAUCGCCGCCAUGCUGCCCAGGGAGACGCAGAUCACCACCAUGGCCGGCACCAAGCCUUACAUGGCACCCGAGAUGUUCAGCUCGAGGAGAGAAGCUGGCUAUUCCUUUGCUGUGGACUGGUGGUCCCUGGGAGUGACAGCCUACGAGCUUCUGAGAGGCCGGAGACCGUAUCAUAUUCGCUCCAGCACGUCCAGCAAGGAAAUUGCACACAUGUUUGAGACGGCUAUUGUGCCUUACCCUUCUGCCUGGUCACAGGAAAUGGUGUCACUUCUUAGAAAGCUACUUGAACCUAAUCCAGACCAACGGUUUUCUCACUUGUCUGACCUUCAGAGCUUCCCAUAUAUGAGUGAUGUGAACUGGGAUGCGGUUUUACAGAAGAGGCUCAUUCCAGGUUUCAUUCCUAACAAAGGCAGGCUGAAUUGCGACCCCACCUUUGAACUUGAAGAAAUGAUUUUGGAGUCCAAACCUCUUCAUAAGAAAAAGAAGCGUCUGGCAAAGAAGGAGAAGGAGAUGAGGAAAUGUGAUUCCUCUCAGAUGUGCCUUCUGCAAGAGCACCUUGAAUCUGUGCAAAAGGAAUUCAUCAUUUUCAACAGGGAAAAAGUAAAAAGGGACUUUAAUAAAAGGCAAGCAAAUCUAGCCUUCGAACAGACCAAAGACCCACAAGAAGAGAACAGCCAGAAGAACAACCUGUGAGUCGUCAACAUCUUCUUCUUGGGACAUUUCCUGCCACUCGGGCCAGCAAGCUCUGACUUCCACAGCAGGAUGAGCCGACGUAGUUCCCUCCGCACACCUCACACACCUUAGAAAACGUGAAUGCCUACUUUUGAGGGAGGCAGCACGAGACAAUGAAGAGCUCCCUGGGCUCCUGGGAACUGGUUACACCACUAACAAACCAUGUGACCAUGAGCAAGUCACUUAACCACUUCCUCUGCUUCAGUUUAUUCUUCUAAAAUGAGAGGGCUCUACUAGAUGAGCCCUCCUCUGCCUUUUUAUUGAAACCACUGUUGUCCUACACAGCUUUUAUUCUUAUUUCUAAAGGACUGUUUGGAUGUAGAUUUAUUUUUCCACUCCUAGUUACACUGUGACAGAUGGACAAAUGAACAUAGGUGGGUGGUUGAGUGAGGUGUUUGGGGGCUGACUGAGUGAGGCUCUUCAGAGCUAGGAAACUUCAUAAAGAGGUCGCAAUCCCCCAGCCUGAUUGAAUAGGAAUAAGGAAUCCAAUCAGGAAGAAAUGAGUGGGACUGGAUUAAAGUGAAACAGACUUCCUUGGCCUCCCAGUGCUAUGCCAAAGUCACACACCACAUCAGCUUAUCCCAGCUAGCAAGAGCCUGCUGUGCACAUCUGUCCCAACACCCUGUACAGUGACAUGAAGUUGGGGAGUUGAAAUUGGUGAUGAUGAGGCAUUUACACCAUGGAAAUUGGCCAAUGUUGUCCUAACCGGUUUGGCUGAGUGGAGAGAGCGUCGGCCUGCAGACUCAAGGGUCCCAGGUUCGAUUCCGGCCAAGGGCAUGUACCUUGGUUGCGGGCACAUACCCAGUAGGGGGUGUGCAGGAGGCAGCUGAUCGAUGUUUCUCUGUCAUCAAUGUUUCUGACUCUCUAUCCCUCUCCCUUCUUCUCUGUAGAAGGAUCAAUAAAAUAUAUUUUUUUAAAAAAAGAAAUUGGCCAAUGCUACAAAUCAAGGCAUUUCCCCCACCCACCCACCCAGCAAGCCAUUGUUAGAUAUUUUAUUAGCACACCACUUGUGUUCUUCCAGUAAUCACAAUCCUUGAGAGCUCAUGGUCCUCUUAAGA